AUGAAUAAUAAUCUUGACAAUCUUGAUUUCAUGGACAAUGCAAGUAUUUAUACAUUAUCAACACCAAAUGAAAAUAAUUCAUUUAUUCUUAUUCUAUCUAUACUUUUAUUUAUUGUUCUUUUAAUUGGUUUAAUUGGUAAUAUACUUGUUAUUUAUGUUGUAUUAAAUUAUGGUCGAUUAAAAACAGUUACAAAUACAUAUUUAUUACAUUUAGCAUUAUCCGAUCUUGUUUUUUUAAGUGGUGUACCAUUUUUUAUAUCAUCAAUUAUAACACGUUCAUGGAUAUUUGGAAGUAUUGUUUGUAAAAUAUUUUUUUUAACACAAGGUGUUAAUCAAUAUACAUCAAUUAUUAUCUUAGCAUUAUUAUCAUUUGAUAGAUAUUUAGCUGUUUGUCAUUCAACGAAAUCAAUUGUAUGGCGUUCACGUGUUAAUCCAAAUAUCCUUUUAAUAUUUGUAUGGAUAUUAUCAUUUGUAUUAAUGUUACCAAUUAUUAUAUUUACAUCAUUACAAGAAACAGCAGCAUUAGGUGUUCAAUGUACAAUUAUUUUACCAUUAGUCGAAUCACGUUUACUCUAUUUUAUCUAUGUUGCAUAUACUGCAACAAUAACAUUUUUCAUACCAUUAACUUUAAUGAUAUUUUUCCAUAUAAUGAUUGUUUAUCGUUUACAAUAUAAAAUUCCUAAACAACAUCGUCGUUCACGUUCAUCAAUGAGUACACGACGAAAAGUAACAAUUUUAGUUCUAGUUGUUAUUACUAUACAUCUAUUAUGUUGUUCACCAUAUUGGACAUUUCAAAUGUUUAUGACAAGUGAAUUAUUACCACAAACAAGUGGUUUACUUAUACCAACAUCAAGUAUAGCACAAUUUCUUUUAUUUGUUAAUUCAUCAAUAAAUCCGAUUUUAUAUGCAUUUAUAAGUGAAAUAUUUCGUACAAGUUUUAAACGAGUUUUUUCUUGUUGUUUAAUAACAAAUAAUCAAGAAUUUUUACAAGAAAAAACAAUUAUCAAUCGAAAUAUGAUGUUAACAAUAAAUAAAAAUAAUUAUUCUCAAACAAAUAUUACAAGAAAAAUAUUAAUAAAUAAUAAUAAUAAUAAUAAUCAAACAAAUAAUAUUAAUUAUCGUCAAUAUUUAUCUAUUGGAACAAAUCAAACUGAUAGAAAUUUAUUAUGUAGACAAAAUCGUUUUUCAUCAUUAGCACCAACUGCUUCAAUAUUUGUUUCAGAAGUAUCGAUUGCUUCAGACAUUCAAAUAUAG